AUGUCGAAGAGGAUGAUUGUGUUGAAAAGCUCCGACGGAGAAUUGUUUGAAAUCGAAAAAGCGGUCGCACUCCAAUUGCAGAGGAUAGCGCACAUGGUUGAGGACGAGGGCGCAGAUAACGUAAUCCCGCUUGAAAACGUCACAAGCCAAGUCCUUACGAAAGUCAUCGAGUACUGCAAGAAUCACGUCCACGUCGAUUCUUCUUCCGAGUGGGACGCCAAGUUCAUGGAUGUCGAUCUAUCCAUGAUGUUCGAGCUCGUCAAGGCUGCCGAUGAAUCCAUGAUGUUCGAGCUCGUCAUGGCUGCGCAUUACCUAAACAUCAAACCUUUGGUUGAUCUCACUUGCCAAGCAAUCGCUUAUCAUGUCGUCGCAGCCUGCGAAACCGUAGACGAGAUUCGCGCAAAGUUUGGCAUCGUGAACGAUUUUACACCGGAGGAAGAAGAAGAGCUUCGCAAGGAGAGUAAGUGGGCCUUUGAAUGA